AUGUGGAUGUGGAGUGUCAUCGUGUCCUCCAGUGCCACCACCUUCCCCUCCGCCUUUCCCGCCCCCUUCUCCUCCGCCACCACCUUUCCCUCAGCCUCCUCCACCUUCGCCUUCACCACCUCCUCUAACUUCGCCUUUCCCGCCUCCACCUUCGCCGUUACCACCUCCACCGUCGCCACCAAAUCCAAGUCCAUCGCCGCCUCCACCUUCGCCGUUACCACCUCCACCCUCGCCGCCGAAUCCAAAUCCGCCGGCGCCUCCCUCGCCUUCGCCGCCGCCGUUUCCUCCCCCGAGUCCGAGUCCACCUCCGCCGCCUUCACCUCCCCCAAGUCCUCCUCCAAGUCCACCACCGAUACCACCGAGUCCGAAUCCACCACCACCACCGUCGCCGUGGAGAAGGAUUUCAAAGAGUCUAUCGCAGAUUUUGCCAAAGUACCGUUCGAUGACGUGCACAUUUUGGGCAUAAAACAAGGGUCGGUCAUUAUAGAUUUCAAAGUUAACUUCAAGUCUGCGUACGGCGAUGAGAACGACGCCUCGACGACUGAUGACAAUAAGAACGAGGAAAAUUCGUCGUCGUCCUCGUCUUCUUCUUCUUCCGGACUUAAAGAGUCAGCCGAAAACAUCGAUAACAACAUCGAUAACAACAACAACAACAACGAUGAAAUAAAAAGCGAAUAUCCACCGCAUCUGACUAUAAACAAGUCUCAAGAGGCGUUCACGAACGCUUUGCGCGUCGAACAACCGUCCGUAAUCUUCAAAAACGCCAAGACUCGGAUCAUGCAAAACAGCAAAGUUUCGCUCCUCGCGCUCGAGGAUUUACAAGAAAAUUCCAUCCAAGCCUGGCGCAACGACAUCGAAUCUGCGUUUAUAAACGUAACCGUGACCGACAUAAUCGACGACGAGAAUGACUACAACAACAACACACUCAUCCACGAAGAAGAAGAACAUCAACAAGAAAAUAACGCGACAAAAAAAACGCCUUCGUUCGUCGAACACGUCGAAUCCUUCUACGAAGCCAACGAAGAAAACGUCCAAAAAGCCGGUUUCGCCGCCGCCGUCGCGCUUUUCCUUCUCCUCGUCUAUUGCGUCUGGAAACGUUUGCGUCGACGACGAAUCGGAAGAGGAGGUACAUCGAGAGGAGGAAAAUCGGCGGCUGAAAAAAAUACGCGAGAGGGCCGAGAAGAAGAAGAAGAAAAAGAAGACAACGCAGAAGAAAGAGAGUAA